AGAAAAGAAACUAGCCAUGGGACAAAGUUCAAGAGACCUCCAUGGAAAAUGUUGCUGAUGCUACUAUACAAAGUCAUAUCAUGAAGAGUCUAUUUUGAGGAUGAUUUCAUAUUUAAACAGUUUUCAUGUUGAAAGAAAUUUGUGAAAGUGAAAAGUGAAAGUUCUUUUUAUAUAAACAAUUUCCUCAUCAUAAAAAUUUUACUUGUAAUGGGCGAAAUGGCCAACAACUCUGUUGCAUACAGUGGUGUAAAAAACUCUUUAAAGGAAGCUAAUCAUGAUGGAGAUUUUGGAAUUACACUUGCUGAGCUCCGGGCUCUCAUGGAGCUCAGAUCCACAGAUGCAUUACGUAAAAUCCAAGAAAGCUAUGGAGAUGUCUAUGGAAUUUGUGGGAAAUUGAAAACCUCUCCCAAUGAAGGUUUAAGCGGAAAUCCUGCAGAUAUAGAGAGGAGGCAAGCAGUGUUUGGGAAGAACUUUAUACCUCCUAAAAAGCCAAAAACUUUUCUUCAAUUAGUAUGGGAAGCAUUACAAGAUGUUACCUUAAUUAUAUUAGAAAUUGCAGCCAUAGUAUCACUGGGCCUUUCUUUUUAUCGACCUCCAGAAGGGAAUAAUGCAGUUUGUGGACAAGUUUCUGUUGGGGAGGAAGAAGGGGAAGGUGAAACCGGCUGGAUUGAAGGAGCUGCUAUCCUUUUGUCAGUAGUAUGUGUUGUGUUAGUGAUGGCAUUCAAUGACUGGAGUAAAGAGAAGCAGUUUCGAGGUCUGCAGAGUCGAAUCGAACAAGAACAGAAGUUCACAGUUAUCAGAGGUGGGCAAGUCAUUCAGAUACCAGUGGCCGACAUUACUGUGGGGGAUAUUGCCCAAGUGAAAUAUGGUGAUCUUCUUCCAGCUGAUGGGAUACUUAUUCAAGGAAAUGAUCUAAAAAUUGAUGAAAGCUCACUGACUGGGUAAAUGCAUCAUUACUUA